AUGUCUCCUCCAUCAGCAAUCGAGCCUCAAGCAGGCGACGAGACCAGAGCGAACACGGUAGCACCGAACGAGCCUGGUCUGAACCAGAAAGAUGGAAAGAUUGAGAUGUUGAAGUUUCCCAAGCCGCCAAAGUUUGACGAUCCGUACAAGGAGCGGGCGUACCUGAAGGGCCGACUGGCUGCUGCUUUCCGCAUCUUUGGAAAGUAUGGAUUUGAUGAGGGGGUGGCUGGUCAUAUCACGCUGAGGGAUCCUGUGGACCCUACGACCUUCUGGGUCAAUCCGUUUGGUGUCGCCUUCAGCCUCAUCAAAUCCUCGGACCUCAUUCUCGUCAAUGCAAAGGGCGAGGUCAUCGAUGGUGGCGAGUGCCGACUGUUGAACACGGCAGCUUAUAUGAUCCAUCACGCGGUCCAUUCUGCCCGCCCCGAUGUCGUCGCCGCAGCACACUCGCAUUCGAUUUACGGUCGCACAUUCUGCGCACUUGGUCGCAAACUCGAUACCAUAACACAGGACUCAUGCGCGUUCCACAACGACCACGUCAUUUACGAGUCGUUCAACGGUGUCGUACUGGCCGAGGAAGAGGGCAAGAACAUUGCAAAGUGUCUAGGCGACAAGAAGGCCGCGCUGCUCCAAAAUCACGGCCUUCUGACUGUAGGCAAGAGCGUAGAAGAGGCAGUGUUCUGGUUCAUUAGCAUGGAGAAGUGCUGUCAAUCACAGCUGAUGGCGGAUGCAGCGGCGGUUGGGCGGGGUGGCGAGACGGUGAAGAUUACAGAGGAGGACGCGGUAUACACACACAAGACGAUUGGAAGCUCGCUGGCUGGGUGGUUCAGUGCGAAACCGCUAUUCGACGUUAUACACAAGGAGACGCAGGGAGAUUAUCUGGAGUAG